ACCACCAACGGAAACAUACAUAAAGUCAAUAAUUCCCUACGAGGGGCAAAAUUUUAGCUACCACUAUAAGAGGGACAAUCAUGAAACAAACUUUGUUCAUCCAAUUCCAAAUACAAUUGAAUCUUUUCUCUACCACCUCUAUUAUUUUGUUUCGUAUAUCAAUUAACUACGCCUCAAUCCUAAACAAGUAAAGUUUCGUCAUUCGUCAUACAUACAACAAACAUUCACUUCAUUACGCUUGAAUUUUCCACCUUUAUAUAGACUGUCUAUGAUGUUUCAAGCAAACUUGCAUUACCUCUGUAUGGACAUUACACUUGAUUUUCCAUCUGAAGUUGAUUUCUCCAGCAAAAAAAGAUGGCAUUUAGCUUUUGCUACUAUCUUUUGUUCCAGAGCUUUUAAAAUUAAGACCAGCACUAAAGCACUACAUGGAGCUGCCUACAAUCCAAGAAAAGUACUUCGUGUAUCGACAGAUACAAUCGCGAUUGAUGUAGUUCAACAGCACCCUUUUUUCUCAGGCAUUGAUCAGUCAAGUCUAGCUAAGCUUGUCAAAGAUAAAAGCGUUGACGAACUUGCUAACCUUGGAGGUGUACAAGGUGUUGCUGCUUCUCUUAAAAGUGAUACAACUAAUGGUGUAAGCGGAGAUCCAGAAGACGUUGCAAGUAGAUAUGAGGCUUUUGGAAGCAACACGUAUCGUAAGCCACCUACCAAGAGUUUCUUAAUCUUUGUUUGGGAAUCAUUCAAGGAUCCCACCAUCAUUAUACUUUUGCUCUGUGCUGCUCUGUCUCUUGGAUUUGGAAUUAAGGAGCAUGGACCGAAAGAAGGAUGGUACGAUGGAGGGAGUAUUUAUGUCGCUGUGUUUCUUGUCAUUGCUGUUUCGUCUAUUAGUAAUUUUAGACAAAACAGACAGUUUGAUAAGCUUUCUAAAGUGAGCAAAAAUAUUCCAGUAGAAGCUGUUAGAAAGGGGAGGCGCCAACAGAUAUCGAUAUUUGAAAUUGUAGUUGGAGAUGUCAUUUGCUUGAAGAUUGGAGAUCAAGUCCCUGCUGAUGGGAUUUUCGUAGAAGGUCAUUCUUUACAAGUGGAUGAAUCUAGCAUGACAGGGGAAAGUGAUCAUGUAGAGAUUAACCUUGGACAAAAUCCAUUCUUGAUUUCUGGCACGAAGGUUGUCGAUGGCUAUGGAAUGAUGCUUGUGACAUCGGUUGGCAUGAACACAACCUGGGGUGAAAUGAUGAGCGAAAUCAGCAGUGAUUCUAACGAGCAAACACCUCUCCAAGAACGACUCAACAAGCUCACUUCAACAAUAGGUAAAGUUGGUUUGCUAGUUGCUUUCUUAGUUCUUGUUGUCCUAUUGGUAAGAUACUUUACCGGGACCACAAAAGAUGAGAAUGGGAACAAAGAAUUCAAUGGGAGCAAGACAUCAUCCGAUGAUGUGAUCAAUGCUGUGGUGGGAAUUGUUGCUGCUGCUGUAACCAUUGUUGUUGUUGCGAUUCCUGAAGGGUUGCCUUUAGCUGUUACACUUACUCUGGCUUAUUCGAUGAAGAGAAUGAUGGCUGAUCAGGCAAUGGUGAGGAAGCUCUCCGCAUGUGAGACGAUGGGCUCUGCCACCACCAUCUGUACAGACAAAACAGGUACUCUUACAUUAAAUAAGAUGACUGUGACAAAGUUUUUCUUAGGCAAAGAGCUCGUGAAGGCGGAAAGUCAUACAUCAAUUUCAGCAAAAGUUCUUGAAUUAUUCAAUCAAGGGGUUGGAUUAAACACUACAGGUAGUGUUUACAAGUCCUCCGACCCAUGUUCCAGCUUCGAGUUCUCAGGCAGCCCUACUGAAAAAGCUAUUCUUUCGUGGGCUGUUAUGGAACUGAACAUGGAUAUGGAUCAAAUCAAAAGAAAUUUCAACAUUCUACAUGUGGAAGCUUUCAAUUCGGAGAAAAAGAAGAGUGGUGUCCUGAUCAAGAACAUUACUGAUGGCACAAUUCAUGCACAUUGGAAAGGUGCUGCUGAAAUGAUUUCAAGAAUGUGCUCUCAUUACUAUGAUCUAGAAGGGAACGUUAAACCCAUUGAGGAAUCAGACAGGGAAGAAUGUGAUAGGAUAAUUGAAGGAAUGGCUGCCAGUAGCCUUCGAUGUAUCGCAUUUGCUCACAAGCAAGUGCUAAAAGCUGGUCAGGAGGAUCAUGAGCAUAUGCAUGGACAUCAUGUUCCAGACAACUCUUUCAUUCUUUUGGGCUUUGUUGGCCUAAAAGAUCCAUGUCGACCUGGCGUGAAGAAAGCUGUGGAAGCUUGCCAAAAUGCUGGUGUGAACAUCAAGAUGAUCACUGGUGACAAUGUGUUCACUGCAAAAGCCAUAGCAACAGAAUGUGGGAUUCUUCAUCCUAAACAGGAAGUAGAUGAAGGAGCAGUCAUAGAAGGUGAAGAAUUUCGCAACCUAACAGAUGAAGUACGGAUGGAGAGAGUGGAGAAGAUACGCGUGAUGGCAAGAUCAUCCCCUUUUGACAAACUUUUAAUGGUGCAGUGCUUGAGAAAGAAAGGUCAUGUGGUCGCGGUCACAGGUGAUGGAACGAACGAUGCACCAGCUUUAAAGGAAGCAGAUAUAGGGCUUUCUAUGGGGAUUCAGGGCACUGAAGUGGCUAAAGAGAGUUCCGAUAUUGUCAUCUUGGAUGAUAAUUUUGCUUCAGUUGCCACAGUUCUGAAAUGGGGAAGAUGUGUCUAUAACAACAUCCAGAAAUUCAUCCAAUUUCAGCUCACAGUAAAUGUGGCUGCGCUCGUGAUUAAUUUUGUAGCAGCUGUUUCAUCUGGUGAGGUACCACUCACAGCAGUACAGUUGCUAUGGGUGAAUUUGAUCAUGGACACAUUAGGGGCAUUAGCACUUGCGACAGAGAAGCCAACCGAGGAACUCAUGAAGAGGAAACCAGUCGGUAGGACUGCACCACUUAUCACCAACGUUAUGUGGAGGAAUCUAAUGGCUCAGGCCUUAUAUCAGAUUGCUGUUUUAUUGACCUUACAAUUCAAAGGAGAAUCGAUCUUUGGUGUCAACAAGAAGGUAAACGAUACGUUGAUUUUCAACACGUUUGUUCUUUGCCAAGUGUUCAAUGAAUUCAAUGCGCGAAACCUGGAGAAGAAGAAUGCCUUUGAGGGAAUACACAAGAACACGUUAUUCAUGGCAAUCAUCGGAAUUAUUUUGGUUCUCCAAGUGGUGAUGGUGGAGUUUCUAAAGAAGUUUGCAAAUACAGAGAGGUUGAAUUGGGGGCAAUGGGGUAUUUGCAUUGGAUUUGCAGCUGCAUCUUGGCCAAUUGGUUGGCUUGUCAAGUGUAUAACUGUUCCGGAGAGACCAAUUUUCAGUUAUCUCAGGUUAAAAUAGAUGUUCAUUUUUUUGGGUCCAUAAGCUAGUUUAUUGCAAUGGUAUUAGUUAGUUGUUAAAUGGUUGAUGUAUGUCGCAUUCAUUUAUUAUUCACUACUUGUAUUACUCUAUGGUAUGAUUUUAAAUAAAGAGUUGGACAGAAUUCUUCUAA